UAUACUCAUAGCGUGACAGUAAUGAAAAACUUCUGAAUGGAUGUUUGUGAUGGAUCCCGCACGUCAAAAUGACGUCGCAGGGCUGAGGAACGUCACGUUGACAUCGAACUGUUCUUUCUCUUUUAUAUUUUCGCCGUGAGGAAAUACAAAAGAUGAUGAGUCAUGGGGAUUCAGAGCCAUUGGCAUUCGUCAAGCAUUCUUCUGGGUUACUCUAUGGUUUAGGUACUGUGUUGGUUGCUUCCUUGUUUAUCUUCCUCUGUAUGGAUUUCGUCAUCGGGAGUCCGUCUCCACCAAAGCUCUGUUUUCUUUUCCGAGGGAACUACUACUAACUCCCUGCCCUUACUCGAAUCGUCGUAAGUAUUGUAGACGAAGGAGGACUGGGCUUGGGCCUCUGGGGGAUUAUCCGGAAUUUACCGCCAGUAAUUGACAAUUUGACACCCUUGAUUGACGGGUUACUUCUUGA